UUAUCAAGAAAAGCGGGUUGAUUAAAAUAUGGCGUCGAUGUAAAUAAAAACAAUCCUCUACUCUAAUCUAGAAUCUAGUCAAUCUAGAUUCUAGAUCUAUAUUCAAUAAUAAAUAACAGAUCUAGAUCCAGACAUCUAGAUCUAUAUCUAUUAUACUGAGUGUAGAUCUAGGUUUCUUUAUAUCUAGGAUCUAGAUCUAUUAGUAGUUGAAAGGAAAAUAAAAAUGUCGCAGACUUUAGGAUUAACACAUGGCAACAUGGAAGAAAGGUAUUCCCAUAUACUUCAGCCUAUACGUGACUUAGCUAAAAAUUUUAAUGUGGACAUUGCACACUUCUUGGAAGAAUAUCUGGAAGAGCUUGACAAGAUUGAGAUCACUUUCGAUGAUGGUGUAACGACCAUGAACUUCUCCGAAGCUGCCCUUCUGAUUCAAGGGUCAGCCGGUGUUUAUGCUAAAAAGGUGGAGUACUUGCAUGCCUUGGUGUACCAAGUAUUAGAUCUUAUUACACAGAAGAAGAAGCUUAACAAUCCAAGCGGUGAAGGUCAAGGUGAAGAUAACACACAGCAUGCAGGAGAUGAUGAACAGUACCUAGCCCUAGAUGACAUUGCUGAGAGUGAGGGCACUUGCUUGAAAGAACAAGAACUCUCAUCUGACAAGAGCGUUCGGCCCAUUCCUGAAAUGCCAACACGGUUGAUCCCCCUUGAAGAGGCUGAAAAGGGAGAGAAUUGUCUUUUUAAUACAAAAGGAGAGAUCAUGGGCAAUUACUGUGACUUCAAUAUUAACACAGGAUUUAUCGCUGAGGAUGGAAGUAUUUUGUUUGAGCGGGCAGACAGAGCCUUGAUCCACAUGAUAACACGGCAACAGGAAACUUUGCAAGCAUUGGUUGAAGAGGAGCAGUUUCACAGGGCAGACGACAGUCUAGCUGUUGCAGCUGAUGAUGAGAUCAACCCUCAGGAGGAACCAGUCAACAGUUUCACAGAAGUGGCAGCUCUGCCUGAUGUCUCACAACCGAGUGUUCCAGCUGAUGCUAUUGAAGAUGUACCCAGAAAAUCUCAGAGAAAAAGAGCAGAAUUAGUGAGGAGUUGCACCACUGUAAAGUCAACAGCAGAUCCUUGGAUACUGUUAGAUCCACAUGAGAAAAGCAACGCCUUGGAAAGACCACUAGUUAAAAAGAAACCUUUCAAGGUCCCAGCUCGUUUAAAAGAAUCUGCAGUUGAGCCUGAGUUGCCCCCCUUGUAUGAAGUGGUAGAAAAAUUGUUUUCCCAUCGUUCCAAGUUUCCCAAGAAUCCGCUGAAAGUGCCUCCGUUCCCUGAACUUGAAGAUGCAUUCUGGGAGGAACACAAGUUACGGGAAGCUGCUAGGAGAGAAGAAAUCAAGAAGAUGAAGAAAGAGGAACAGGAGGAGAUGGAAGCAAUUGAGAGUUUCUUAAAUGAACCGGAGGAACCAGCAGUUGAAGCUUUCGAUGCUGAUGAGGAUGAAGAAAUUCCUCAAAUACAACUCUGCGCUGACCUCUUUUCUGAAGGUCAUGACCUGAGACCAACAUCUGGAUUAAACAGAGGAAGCAGUGGAAAUUUUUCUGAGGACAUUUCCUUAAGCUAUGAGGAUCUGGUUCAAAAACAUGUGGAAAAGUUUUUAGCCAGCGCUGCAGAGUAUGCAAACAUCACAGAACUUUCAAGGCGGGUGGCUGAGUGGGAGGAGAAGAUACAACCCAAAUUGAGGGAAGAGGAAACCCAUGAACCAUUUGACAUUCAUAAAUAUGGCACCUAUAUUCUAGAACAGUUGGUGAGAGGUGAGAAGAGGCCAUUUAAAGAGUUAGUUCAGGGCAAAGCAGAGUAUGAAAUUUGUAGAUAUACCUUAGCCACGUUACAGUUGGCCAAUGUGUACAAUGUGGAGCUAGAACUCAUCCCAGAUCAAACAGGAAGUUUCAUGGACUGCCUCUAUGUGACUUUACUUUCUACCAAAAGACAUUUUGAAGAGUUGGAGGACUACAUGGCGCCAUCUUUAAAGCCACAUGACCCUGAGAGAGAGUUGGAUUCUUGAGGCUAUUCCAAUUGUAUGAUUUGAAACAAAACUGUUUGCAUUGAAAGAUUGCAGAUUAUUUUGGAACUUGUGUUGAUCAGGACGAGAAAUCAAUUUCCUAGUCUAACAGUGGGAACACAUAAAAUAAACUUUAAAUAGACUGAUAAUAGUUCAGGAUCAUUGAACUGUUAUAACAUACCAUAAGUGGUAAGUUAUUUAUAUUUUAGAACUUUUUUUCUGAACUUGACCUGAUGGUGUAGUUAGCAUGGAUACUUGUGCAAAAAAAGAUAACUGUAUGUAUCUUUGACUGGAGUUUAUGACUUGCAUAAGCAUUCUUGUAAAAUAAAAUUGUGAACAAUUUAUCACCACGAAACAAACCAUUCAAAUGCUUACAUAUAUUUGUGUGAAAUAUAAUUAUGUAUCCUGCCUUUUAGCUUUUCUAAAUGCUGAAGUUGGCGAUUCUUUUCCAUUGCUCCAAUGCUAAUGGUACAUCAUGAGCCUAUCCUUACAGCUCAACAGUCACAGGCAAGAUUUCACUUAUUACCUCCUCCCUGACUUUCUAUUGUACUGUUGUUUUAGUUCAAUUUUGUGGGGAACAGUGAUACUUGUCCAUUAGGUUCCUUCCAACACAACACAAGGUUUAUUUAACUCAUAGAUCUUGUUUGCUGUGUACAUAUGUUAAGAAAUCUCAUUAUGUUGAAGUUAUUGAAGAAAUGAACAAAAAAAAAUAAAUCACAUUUACGAGAAAGAAGAAAAAAGUAUUUCUUUCUAUUAUUUCCAUUGUUUAGGUCAGUGAAGUUGGAAAAAGACUUCAGUUGUUCAUUUUUCUACAAGCUGGUAAUUUGUCUUAUGUGCCUUAUGUUGAUUAAUGACAAAUUAGUAAUUUAUUGUGUCUUUUUAAAAUAAUUUUAUUUUUGUACAUAUUUUUUUUUUCAAAAUGUACCUCACAAAGUGUAAAAGUUCACAAUAAAAAACAAAUAUUGACUUUCAUCUUUCCAGCAUAUUGACAUAUUCAAAGACCAUAAGAUGUAACUGCAUUCAGAGACUAGGGCUUAUGUUUAUUUAUAUGCACUUGGGAGGCACCCAUUUUGUUGUACAAAUUAAUUAUUAUAAUUUUAAUUAGCCUUCUUUCUUCUCAACCAAUCUGUCAAUAGUUAAAACUUCUAAUACUCCCUGCUACUGACUCUAGCAGUUUUUUUUUUGAAAAAUGUGUCUUGUACAUUCAGUCAGAUGUUUCUUUUUGUGAUUAAAACAUGUGUUUCUAAA